AUGACCCUGCAAUCACGCAGGCAGUUUUCUUCUCAACCAACAUCUACACUUCUUAUGUUAACGGUGUGUGUCCGCGACCUGCUCAUUUCCAAAACGUCUUCACCGACUCCGGCGGCUUCGCCGCAACCUAUUAUACCCCAGGAAUUGAUCGAUAUCAUUAUCGAUAAUUUGUAUAACCAUCCCCGCUCGCUGAGAGCCUGUGCUCUCGUUUCAUCAUCCUGGUCAGGGCGCAGCCAGCAAAACCUCUUCUCUCGAAUCACCCUCGCUGGCCGACCAUGGCCUGACCAACCAAAAGGCCGAACAGCGGCGGAGCUAUUUCUACGCCUGAUAGAAUCGGCUCCUCAUGUCCCGGGCUUCGUUCGGCACCUCGAAAUCAUCGAGGGUGAUGUCUUCAAGUCCGACCGGUGGCUCGCCCGGUCGAUACCAGUCCUUGAUCACAUUCUACCCGCGCUCACAAACCUGCGAACUCUCCAUAUCAACUUUAGCGGACUCCUAUGGCGCCAUAUCCCAGGUAUUCACACUUCGUUUCUGUCCGCUUCCAGGCUCCCGGACCUCCACAAAGUAACGAUAUCAAGCCUCACCAGCGUUCCCAGCUUAGACAAACUAUUCACCUUGUUCCAGGGUUCGAAUAUCGCAGAUAUCAGCUUGGUGAACGUCACCACCUGUGCCCUGACCAACGGUUCACAGACAUAUACCCCAAAAUCCCUUCGAAUACCACUCGAAAACCUCUCCCUCUCUCUUGAUGGCGACCAAGUCUGGGGACUUACGUCGUGGCUCGCUGAUCCAUCAUGUAUCUUGCAACUCUCCGGUUUACGGAAACUGCACGUCAACAUAUUAUAUUCACGGGAGAUGAAAGCCGUUUCCAGAUUACUGGAAACGCUGCACAUGCCUUCCCUGGAGACAAUAGAGAUCCAAUUGGAGGCCCUUGAUUCCACUGAUUCCAUCCACCCGGAAAACCUCCCUGAUAUCAGCCGUUUUCGGCACGUCCGUUUAACGCUGACACAAGAAUGCCUUGGAUGCGAGUCGGAGGAGUGGAUAUCAGCCUCACUUGCCGCUAUCUGCUGGACACAGAUACUGGAGAACUUCAGGGAGAACGUUAUUGAGACUGUUACGCUUAUGCUACCCAAGAUCCACCCGGAGAAGUUUCCAGAAGCCGAACGGAUGCAUUGGAUUGCUCUAGACGCGGCUCUGAUGCGUGCUGACAUGUCGCAUUUGCGCGGGGUGUACCUCGAAGAUGAGAUCAGUCAAGAAAUGGGGUAUCGGAAUGCGGUUAUCAAGAACAUACUUCCUAAUCUCUAUGGAAAAGGCCUUUUAGUAUUCUAG